AUGGAUCAAUGUGUGUUCAAGCAAGUUCAGCCAGUAGCUAGAAAAGAUAAGAAGAGCAAGAAACAUGAUAAAGAUGAGUUUGAUCGUGUCAAACAAGCUGAGAAGAAGAAGAGACGUCUUGAGAAAGCUCUUGCUACUUCUGCUGCCAUAAAGGCUGAGCUUGAGAAGAAGAAGCAGAAGAAACUUGAAGAACAACAGAGGUUAGAUCAAGAAGGUGCUGCUAUUGCAGAAACUGUUGCUCUUCACGUCCUACUGGGAGAAGAUUCUGAUGAUGAUGAUUCAUCUCGAGUGAUGCUUGGGGGAGAAAAGGGUUUCAAGAUAGAUAUGUUUAGAGGUGGAAGCUAUGCGGUUCAAGGGAUUGGGUUUGUGUCAAACGGUUAUGGAUUAGGAGGAGACAGUAACUGGUGGCCACUCAGGAGUGACAACAUGGGAAUAAUAUCAGCUGAGUUGGUUGCUACUCAGGUUGUGUCGUUGCUACAGAUAUCUGAACACAGUGACGGGAACGCCUUCUUGUUUAAUGGAUAA